AUGGCGGACGACAGCAUUGAUGGCCUUAUUGAAGACAUGGUCAAUGCGGCAAAACUCCCCGCCAAAGCUCGUGCCAUCAACAUCAAAUCCACUGUCGCGUCCUUCUCUACUCUUGCGUAUGAAGAAGGCAUUGUCCCUGCCGCCCUCGACCGGCUGAUCGACCUAGUCACCAUCCCUAACUAUCUUGAUCAAGCCAGUUUAGCAUCCGUGGUUCGGAACCUGUACCCAGCUGAGCGGGUGUCCCCCAAUGUUGUGCUCCAUGUUGUUUCGGCACUGGGACAUGGCGCGCUCAAGGCACCGCUCAGCCUGCAGGCUGCGCUGCUGAAAUGGCUGGUGAUGGUGUAUCAUGUGUUGGAGACGCCAGCCGUCUUGGCGCAGGCGUAUUCGGUUUUAUUUAAUUUGCUUGAUACUGCUGCUAUUCGGUUGAAUCUAUCGAGACAAACUGGCAAUGACCCGCCAUUGGUGGGCUUGUUGAGGGUGUUUAAGGAUUAUUACCCCGAAAUUAUUGUGGGUGAGGCCGUUCGAGGCAAGGCCUCUGCCUUCAAGCACCCCGAUGUCUUGUGGCGCUCCAGGCUGGCUGAGAUUCAAGACGCCCACCGUCAACGCGUUGCGGAACAGAGACCGACGGGGCCUCAAAGCGGAUUCAGGGUUAAUAGACCUGUCAAUCGGGCCCAGAGGAACAAGGCCGUGCCUAUUGUGCUGACGUCUCAUGCGACAGAGGAUUCCGUCACACUCGAAGAAGUGGAAGAUGUUUCCAGCUUUGUAGCCAAAAUGGACAAGCUGGAGCUCCCGAAUCAACUUGUUGCCGUACUGGCUGAUCCCCUCUUACAAAAACUGCUUAUUCUGAGGCCAAAUCCUGAAUCUUACCAGCGAAUAUCAAACUGGCUCAGCGCAGUAUUCCAAGAAGUGAUGGCGGGAGACGCGGAUGAAGCAACGCUAUGGGAGGUGCUCGAGGUGGUGAGGGAGUUUGUGGUUCAGACCAAGACGAUUCCGCCUCUGCUUCUUAGCUUCUUCAGUCAGUUUUUCAACAUUUGGGGGGGCGAGGGGAAACGAGAUGUUUGUUUUGACAUUCUUGGCUUUACGCCCUUCCACGACUUUGGAGAACUACACCGACUCAUAUUCCAGCCUCUCGAGGCAGCUGUGCAAUAUUUUGCACCCGGUUCGCAACAAGGCCUUUUGCAAAUGUACACGAAUCUGCUCAGACAGUGGACGGCCAUCUUGCAAGCAAGCGACAGCAUCCCCGAGCACGCCAGCGCGACAAUCGCCUCGCUCGUCCUGCACACAAACACGCUUGCUCUUACCCUUUUACAAACAUCUCCAUCCGUCACAACCGACGCCUCCAUCCUCGACUUUUACGAGCAAACCACGCGCGUAAUCACCGACGCGAAGCUCAAGCGCUACGUGCGCAUCGAGCUGCCCCCUUCCCCGCUCAUAUACACCUUCCUCUUCAAUAACUCCUUGGCCACCGUCUCCCGCAUCUGCUUUAUCCUGGCCUGCUACAAAAGGGGCAUCGAAACGGCCGUGGCCACCCGGCCCCGAGCUCCAGCCGCGGAUGCCGCACCUCGGAUCGACUCGCACACCUAUGACCGGCCCUUUGUCAACCUCUUCAACGGCUACAUCAUGGACGUGUGCAAUUUGUUCUGGAGGAACCGCGGCUUCAACGACACCGACACCAACGCGCAGGCGUGCACUCUCUCGCCCGCCACGGUCAACGCCCUUGCGGCGUACGCCGUGUCCGUCGACCGCGCGCUGCCGCUCACCUCCUUCUUUUCGCUCUCGCACUCGCCCGUGCUGUGUUACCAGAGCAUAGAACGCGUUCGGGACCUGGAGGACGACGCGAUGGAGCACGAUGGUGAGAUCAGGGUGCGGCACGGCGGGCCCGUGACGCAGAGCACUCUGACGAGGCUGGCGAAUGCGGGCGGAAUGAAGCUCAGCUGGCAGGACUACCGGAUCGAGGUCCUGAAGAACCUGGCGGACAAUGGGUUCCCUGGCAUUGCGGAGCUGUUGAAGAAUGCCAUGACGGUGCUUAAGAGGUCCAUUGAUGGUAGGUUGAGCAUUCAGGGGACGCCGAUGCAGCCGUAG